ACUAUCCGACACUAGGCCACCACCAGCGGGCGGGCUCCAGUCGCAACUCGCAACACAGACGCCGCCGCCGCCCAAAGAAAGACGUCAACUCCAGGAGACAAGAUAGUGAGAACUGAAGAGAAGGAUGGGCUUCGAGAAGCAGAUCCUGAGAUCCGGCACCGGCCCCAAGCCGAUAAAGGGCCAGAAGGUCACCGUUCACUGCACCGGCUACGGGAAGGAUCGUGAUCUGUCCAAGAAAUUUUGGAGCACCAAGGACCCUGGGCAGCAGCCAUUCAGUUUCAGCAUUGGUCAGGGUUCAGUGAUCAAAGGAUGGGACGAGGGAGUUAUGACCAUGCAAGUGGGUGAAGUUGCUCGUAUCCAGUGCACGCCUGAUUAUGCUUAUGGAGCCGGCGGGUUCCCAGCCUGGGGAAUUCAACCAAACUCAGUGCUUGUGUUCGAGAUUGAAGUCCUCAGUGCCCAGUAAUUCGCAUCUGUCAGCUAUGGAAACGUUGGCCAUGCUUCUCAAGUAAUGAAAUAAUUCCGUUGUCACCUCAUGCUACAUACAGCAGAUUGGUGUUACGAGUUAAAUCCUGUGAAACUUUAGCAUUCUGUAACCGUGGAUGUCGAGUUUAUGGAGUUCCUUGUGUGGCGCCUCAAGUCAAGUUCUCGUCAAAGAUUGUAAUCUGAUGGCUUCCAUUGUGACUUGUAGGCGGCUGCAAUAAACUUACUUGAUGCAAUUAUUGCA